GGAGCCCGCGCUCGAGCCAGCCGCGCGUUGACGCCCCGACCAUGGCUGCGGAGGGACGCGGCCCCCGCGCCCAGCUCUGGGCCGCGGCGCUGCUCCUGCUCGGUCUGCCGCGCCUCUCGGUGCGGGCGGAUGGGAAGCUUUUUGUGCUGGAGUCUCAGAAUGGCUCUCAGGGCCUCGAACUGGAGGUGGCUCGGCUUUCCUGCAAGAGCAGGGGCGCUCACCUGGUGUCUGCGGAAGAGCUGCGGACGGUGGUCCAGGACUGUGCCUUUGCUGUGUGCACCACCGGCUGGCUGGCAGAUGGCACCCUGGGGACAACCGUGUGUAGGCAAGGGGAGCGAUGAACGCAAAUCAAAGCCAGUGAUUGUGAGAUUGAAAGCAACCCAGCUCCUGGUGCCACGUACAGUGCCCUUUGUAUUAAGGAUGAAGAGAAGCCAUGUGGAGACCCGCCUUCGUUCCCACACACCAUCCUGCAGGGCCGCACGGGCCUGGAGAUGGGGGAUGAGCUGCUGUACGUGUGCGCCCCGGGCCACGUGACGGGCCACCGUGAAACCGCCUUCACCCUGCUGUGUAACAGCUGUGGGGAGUGGUACGGCUUGGUGCAGGCCUGCGGAAAAGAUGUGGCUGAGGCACAUAUUGACUAUGAGGAUAAUUUCCCAGAUGACAGAUCCAUGUCCUUUAGAGAGCUCAUGGAGGACUCCCGGACAGAGGCAGAAGAAGACAGAGGUCCAGGAGAGGCCCCUGAGGAGGUUUCAAAACAGGACCUUCUGGUCUCCAUUUCUGUGGGGAGAGAAAACAUAGCCCAGGAUACAGCCUCUGUGCCAACUACAGGCUUGUCCAUCGUGGGAAGCAGUGUCCCCACAGACUCUCCAGGACCCCAGCUAAACCAGAAGUACUUGUUCUGGUUUCCUGCUGAGAAUUUCCACAAGCCUGGGCUGCAGAAGGAGAUGAAUGAUGGCUCCAAAAAGCAGUUUCUGGCUAGAGACAACCGUAGUAGCCUAACAGCAGCUCCGGGUGAACCUGAAGCCAAGGUGAUCUAUAGCAGCACUCAUGGUCCCUCGGGGCCAUUUCUGGGCAGGACUGACAGCAAGACCGGGGACCCAAUGGUGAGCAGCAGUGAUGAGUCCUGGUUAGAUGGUUACCCUGUGACGGAUGGGGCUUGGAGGAAGAUAGAGGCAGAAGAGGAGGAAGAGGAGGAAGAUGGUGACAAGGGAGAUGCAUCAGUAGGGCUGGAAGAAAGAGUUCCAGUUACUCCUAAUCAGCCCAUUCCUGUCGAAGUUAAGAACCCCAGGAGUACCUCCUUCACACCAAGUGAGGACGUGACCCGUAGUUCAGUUCUUCCAUCUCAAACACUAGAUGUAGAAGCUUUGGCUCUCAGACCCGGAAAUGUGUCUGAAACUGAGGGUCCCAGCACGGGAGAUGGUGACUUGAUCAGGUACCAGUCAACUGUUCCUUGGAGCUUUGCUGCAGAGACGUCUCCCAUGGCCACACUACCCUAUGAACUCCCCAGCUCUACCCUGGGGUCAGGGACAACUGCUGUCCAACAGAUGCCGAAUCACGUCCCCUCAACUAUCAUGGCAGCCAGCCAGACUCGGGAAACCAUUGCUCCUGAGGUCCAGGAUAGUUUCCCAUACCUGCAGUCUGAGGACUUCUUGGGACAGGAAAGCCCUGGCCCAGGUGCAAGCGAGGAGCUUCUUCCAACUGUGGAAUCGUGUGUAGGGGAUGGGUGUCCCAGCCUCAGCCAGGGCCCUGUCAUUGCCACCAUUGUCACCAUCCUAUGUCUGCUGCUGCUCCUGGCAGGGGUGGGGGCCGUGUGGGGCCACCGUAAGUGCCAACACAAGAGCUCUGUGUACAAGCUGAAUGUUGGCCAGCGGCAAGCUCGACACUACCACCAGCAGAUUGAGAUGGAGAAGGUCUAACCACCUUCAGAGCAGGCUCUCCCAAAGCCACUUAGGAGGAAAGGAAACUGUGCCACGUCUCACUGAUAAAGACUGAUUCUUCACUAGAGCAUGAAACAGGUGGGUUAGGACUUGUCUCUUUUUCUCUCAGGUCCUUGUUCUGAAGGCCAAGAAGCGUCUCUGGAGGCACCUGGUAGGACAAGUAGGCUUUGAUGGCAUCAUCACACGCAUCAAUAUCUACUUAACCAAAUUUCCUGGAAUGUACUGCGCUGAUCCCAGACCUGUGCUCAGGCCCCAAUUCCAGUGUGAGCUCAAAACUCACCUCUCACUUCAUCAUGCUCUUAUCUUCUUUCCCCUGUUUUAAGAAAAAAAGAUGAACCACUCCAUGACCAAAAUUUUUAGAAAAAGUGUGAUAAACUGAGCACUUGAGAGCAGUGUUAUUUAGGAUAGAGAUAUUUAAUCGUUGGGCGUGGGGCAUAGAAAAAAUAAUGGGUUAUUGCCUUUUAAUGUUGUGAUUUUGUGAGGGCAAAUGAGCCAAGAACCAGGACAGAGUCUAGAAGCUUUUGGUUUCUUUUUAAUUGUUGAAAUUGGAGGGAGGAAAAAAAAAAAUCUGAGAGAAUUUAGGACUGAUGUUUUGUGGGGAGAGGGAAGUGAAGGGAGUAGCAAGACACAUCCACUUUGUUCCCUCCAUUUUAUAGGACAGACCAUUUUUUUUAAAACAUGUGAUUAGUUUUGGGGGCCCUGAGUGUCUUCAUUGGUUAGGCACCAGCUCUUGAUUUCGGCUUAAGUCAUGAUCCCUGGGUCCUGGGAUCAAACCCCAUGUCAGGUUCUGUGCUCAGCAUGGGGUCUGCCUGAGCAUUUUCUCUCUCUCCCUUCACAUGAGUAAAUAAGCACAUGCUCUCUUUUUCUCUCUCCCAAAUGAAUAAAUAAAUCUUUUUUAAAAUAAGAGAAAAAAAAAUUAAUAAAUGGUUAGUUUGUACCAGUAAGCGCCAUUUCUUCUUGGAAGCAGUGGUCUAGCUGUCUGACCAGACUGUGCCUAAGAAUUCAGAAUUUUUUGUUAAACUAACAAAACUCAGUUCUUGGCUUCCUCUCUCAGGAUAACCAUUCUCUGAACCCAAGUAAGAGGGAGGAAAAUACUGUACCGAAGUAAGAUGGGAGGAAAAUACUGUUUUAAGAGGGCCGAGGACUGGGAUAUCAAGUAGGUACCUAUCUGAUGGGAAAGCAGAGGAAUUAAAAAGAAACAGGAAAUGCUCUUAGUGGACUCUCCUGCGCUCUGUUGUGGCAAUCGGGAGCACCAUGGGAUCAUCAUGAGCCCAGGAUGGACUCCUGGCUGUUGAGCAAUCCACGUCAUAGUAUCCACAUCAUCUUGGGAUGACUCAGCACGUUUAUGACAGAGGUUCUCAGAACCCAAGCCUCAGACCUGCGGUAUCAACUCAGCCCCCAGCAGAAGCCCCCCAGCAGAAGCGGGCGGGGCUGUGCAGAGCCCUCCAGGUGAUCCUAAAGCACACUCAAGUUUGGGAACCGUUGCUUUGCCGUAUCCGUUGUGAGCUUUGAGCCAGUGAAGGCUCUAGAGGCACAGACGAUGAGUAACACCCAUGACUGGCCUCACCCGGAAGCCAGGCAUCGCUGCCUGCACCUGCGGCAGUCUUGGACGCUGCUGUCUCCAAUGGGCUCAGGUGCAUUGGCACAGAAACAGAACACAUUAUCUUUUUACAACAUGAGUCAGUUUCUUAGAAAGAGUCUUCAGUGGUGAAAAGUGAUGAAGCCUGUACCUGAUUUGGAGACACUAAGUGUCUAUGUGGUUAUAUGGGGCAUGAGAGAAUCCUGAUCUUUACAAUUGAAAAGUUGGUGGUGGUGUUUGACCUAAGGGAAAAGAAAUUUGUGUAACAUGUUUUCCACCCUGCCACCUCUUUCCGGUGCAAGCUUUGGAAAAAUGAUAGGCUAAGUAGAUAUAAAGGUAGUGCUGCAAACUCAAAGACCCUAGUCCCCACUACUGGGUGGAAGGAAGGCCUGAAACUACGGGAUGGACUACCUCUGUGUCAGGUGAAGUCUAGAACAGGACAGAAACACUUUCUGCAUGCAGCCAAAGCAAAACACGGAAGAAUAGACGCCAGAGACUGUAGAUAUUUAUAAAUUAGAUUUCUUUUCUAAUCUAUGAUAACUUUUCUAUUUUUAACUAGAUAAAAUAACCUCCAUCUCAGCAUUGGAUUGUGUUAUUCAACUAUGAUUAUGUAAUCACCCAAGAACAUUGACUUAAUACCAACACAAAAAUAGGUAAUGGUAAUACCCAAUGUAUUAAUAAAUUUAUUACAGGACACAUUAAUACAUGGAAGUAUAUUAUUCUGUAGACAAGAACUACAUGAAAACAACCCAACACAUCAGUUUCUAAGUUUUUAUGGAUUCUCUGUCAUCUAAAUUAAUGUUCUAGGAUCUAAAAAUGCAUAUGGAAAGGGAUGAUGAAAACAUUAGUAAAUGUAAGUUACAUGUCAGCAUGCCUGUCUUGAGACUGGUAACCAUUGAAUGUUUAUGAAAAUUGAGGUUUGGAUGGUCCAUUAACACAAGCUUCUGAGAUCUUUAAAUAAAUAAUUAUUUCCCACA